GAAAUUAAAAUAAAGUAAAAAGGAAAUCUCCGAGUGUCUGCCGUGAUGCGUUUGAAUGAGAAAACCAAAAUACUAGGUCGUGGGGUCAUCCUGGUUCCCUACGAAGCCCGCCAUGUGCCCAAAUACCACGACUGGAUGAGCAACGAAACACUUCGCCAGUUGACCGCCUCCGAGGAACUCUCUUUGGACGAGGAGUACGAGAUGCAGAGGAGUUGGCGCGAGGACAGUGACAAACUCACAUUCAUUAUCCUAGACGCCACCAUCUACGCUCAGAAUCAGGAUGAAAUCGCCGCCAUGGUAGGUGACACAAAUCUCUUCCUGCAUCCAGAUCCGGAUGACAGCGAUCAACAAGUGGCCGAGGCUGAGAUCAUGAUUGCCGAGCCAGCUGCCAGGGGCAAGAGUUACGGUCGCGAGGCCAUGCUCCUCAUGCUCAAGUACGCCCAAUCCCAGGAUCAGCUCAAGCUCGCAAAGUUCCAAGUCAAAAUCGACAUGGAAAACAGCAUUUCCCUGCAUCUCUUUAAGACCUUUCAAUUUGUUGAAACGUGUCGAGUUGAGAUCUUCCACGAGAUCACCUUGGAGCGCACGAUAACACCGGAAUGGAUUAGCUGGCUGGACCAGCAGGUGGAACCACGCAUCGGUUGCUAUUAGCGGACAGGGGAUAGCCUUUGUAAUAUAUAUAAUGUUCUUUGUUAUUUCAUCUUCUUCAGAAUUAUUUAAGUUAAUAAAAUGUAAUAAUUGAUUGUGAACUUUCAAUUUGUAUAUACAUAGAUAUAAUUCAAUUAAGUUCAAAACACUACACUCAAUAACGACCCACACACUCUUUCGUUUAUGCUCAGUUUAUUACACUUAUAUUACAACUA